CAACACUCUAGAUGGAAAGAGGAAGCGCUUUCUCUCUCUCCCUUCGUACUCGUGCUGAUGUUCAACGGGGCACAGGAGAAAGAGAAAGGAGGGAGGAAAAGGGGAGAGAAAAGAAAGGGGAAUAGAGCUUAUUUUGGUCCCUCCUCCUGUCGCCAAUUUGGAGGAACAAUAAAACGCGAUUAGGGGCGAUUUGUAGCAGGCUCGCUUGGUAGCCAGCUACUACAGUUUUGUUAUUAUUUUGUCUCGCUAACCAGCAACUUUUAUUUAUGCUCGUUAUUCUUCCAUAAAACAAUCCCCACACACAAAACAACUAUUGAAUACAAGACAUAUAGCGUCUAGCGUGGAGGCGAUCGCUUAUAUACCACGAUAUGGGGAGGAAAUCGAACCGGGCGAAGGAGAAGAAGCAGAGACGUCUAGAGGAGCGAGCUGCCAUGGACGCUGUGUGUGCUAAGGUGGAGGCAGCCAAUAAGCUUGAAGAUCCUCUGGCUGCAUUCCCUGUGUUUAAGAAGUAUGACAGAAACGGGUUAAACCUUCAUAUAGAAUGCAGGCGUGUCUCGUCUUUGGAUGCCGGUACAGUGGAGUGGGCCUAUGAACUGACCAGAGCCAACAUGCAAUCUCUUUAUGAACAGAGUGAGUGGGGGUGGAAAGAAAGGGAGAAGAGGGAAGAGAUGAAGCAUGAGAGAGCUUGGUACCUCCUUGCUCGAGACCCUGACUCUGCCCCCAUCGCCUUCUCUCACUUUCGAUUUGACGUUGAGUGUGGGGAAGAAGUGCUCUACUGUUAUGAGGUUCAGUUGGAGAGCCGAGUGCGGAGGAAAGGCCUUGGAAAGUUCCUAAUCCAGAUACUGCAGCUGAUCGCCAACAGCACACAGAUGAGGAAGGUGACGCUGACGGUCUUCAAACACAACCUCGGUGCAUACCAGUUCUUCAGAGAAGCCUUACAGUUCGAGAUUGAUGACACCUCACCCAGUAUGUCCGGCUGCUGUGGGGACGACUGCACUUACGAGAUUUUGAGUCGGCGGACAAAAUUCGGGGAGGCCGCAGGUCAUGGGCACACUGGAGGGCACUGCGGGGGGUGCUGCCAUUGAGUGAGGGGGCAGGGGGUGCCUUAUUUCCCAAAUAGAAACAACCCCGCCUCAGACCAAACCACAACCUUUUUUUUCCUUUAUAAACUCUCCCAAUGUCUAUAAUAAAUGUGUUCCCAUAGAAACCUCUUACACCCCCUGUAAUACAUGUACAAAUUUUACACUCCCCAAAGAAUGACCAUUGAUCCUAUUAAAUGUGGAAAUUUUAUUCCCAUUUUCUUUUAAAUGUGCUGUAGUUGCCAGUUUUAUGCAUUACAACAGGAGACAGAGGAUUGGCAUUUGAUUUAAAGAGAGGCAAUGUUCUCUUACUAUAGUAAGAAGAAGCCCAUUGGAUUUUCAGAACAUUUUUCACAACAAACUUUUUUAUUGCUUAUAGAAAACUACAGCCAGAACUUAUGUCAGGAAUUAAAGCUUAUUCCUGUGCCUAUUUUUUACUGUUCUUUCAGAAUAACUAGCCAGCAAAAAGACAGAUGUGAAGUCAAUUGCCUGAUAAGUAUGUGGAAUAAUGAAUGUUGGGUGUGAUAUCUUUUGUAUUUUUUGUUUGGAAUUCUUUGCAACUUAAAAUCUCAGCAACGCAGGAUUCAUCUCUCAGGUUAUGAAAAUGCAUGAUGUAUGUUUUAAAAAGGUUGGUUUGGAAAGGGGGUGUUGUGGAAAGCAGAGUUUGGGGGUUCGUAAGUAAGGGAAAGGGGCGAUUCAGUGAAGGUAGGAGAUAGGGUAUCAUGAGAGAGAGGACUAUACUAUACUAAGUUUAGAAAAGGGCCUGUUACAUUUUUUUUCAUUUUAUAUUUUUAUAAUCAUGCAAACUAUUUCUUAUUUUGUGAACCUUUGUCCCUUGUUUCCCCUUUUUUUCUUUUUCUUACUGCCUACUCAGUUUUUGGUGUGUACAGUAUAGAAAAAAAAUAUUUCUUAUCUGAUUUGCCUUUGUACGUGAACAAUUGACUGCAAAAACGAAACAUUUACAGUGAGAAAUGUUUAAGAUUCUUACAGUCAUGUGCUUAUUAGAUUUCAUGUAAAAAUGAAGGGAACCAGAAAUAUGUCUGCCUUGUAGGUGUUUUAUUUGUAUGUUACAAAUAAAAGGAAACUUGUUUAACUUCUAA